AUGAGUAUUGUGAAUGAUUAUACUGAUCCAACUACACCUCCUACAUAUCCAUAUGCUAAGAAGGAGUUCAAGAACAAUGCCAAAGCAAUGAAUGCACUUCUCUAUGGUAUCUCAGAAUCUGAGUUUGUCAAAGUAAUGCAUUGUGAAACAACCAAAGUAGUUUGGAAAGAAUUAUUUAAUGCAUAUCAUGGUGUUGAUAAAGUUCAAAAAGAAAAACUUCAGACUUAUAGAAUGCAGUUUGAGAGUCUUAAAAUGAAGGAGGAGGAGAGUACUGUAGUCUAUUUUCUGAGAGUUGAUGAAGUGGUAAAUGCCUUGAAAGAUUUUGCGCACGCUGCCCCUAAAGUUGAUGCCAAAGUUUCUGUUGUUGAAGAAAUGUCAAACUUGGACAGGCUCACUGUAGACAAGCUGCAUGGAAUCCUGACUGCGUAUGAAAUGCAUACCAAUGUUGAGAACUCAUCAAAAAGAGAGACAACCUUUAAAGCUUCAAAGAAGGGUAAAGAAAAGGAGCAAAAAUCCAGCAAAAGCUCAGAAGAAGAUUCAGAGGAUGAAGAUGCUCAUCUUGUUAGAAAAUUAAAAAGAGGAUCUGGUAAAUUCAAGGGAAAGCUGCCUUUGAAGUGCUUUAACUGUGGGAAGAUAGAUCACUUUGCAUCAAAGUCUCCCUAUGAAAAAGAAGAGGACAAUGAUGAUGAAAGAAGUUCAAAGUUCAAAAAUCCCAAGAGGUUUGUGAGAAAAGGAAAGAAGUUUCAAAGACUCAAGAAAAGUCUUUAUUCAAAAGAAGAUAGUGAUUCCUUUCUUAGCAAUGAGGAAGAAAAUCAAAAUGAUGAAAUUUUGUUUAUGGCUGUAGAAGACACUCAAGAAGAAGAAAAAUAUUUUGAUGAAGAAGUAGAGGUUGAUCUUGAACAAGAGCUGAUUAGUGCUCUAAAUGAGAUUAAAAAAUUAAAGAGGAAAAAUUAG